GUGAUUGGUUGAUCAAUGAUCAAGGAGAGAGUCUUAUCAGAUGGCAAAAUGGGGAAUACAAAGUUAGGUUUAGGCCUUGGCUGACCCCCACAGAGUUGCAAAGAGACAGACAAACAGCACAGGAAGGGCGUUUCUGGAUUAGGGUUUUGAAAAUUCCCUACCUCGCCCUUUCAUCCCUACAAGGAGCAAUGGAGACACACUAUGGUCGAGUAAUUAGAGCGCAAUCACUCGAGAAAAGGAAAAAUGAGCCUCGUCUCGUCAAUCGCAGAUAUGAUCUCGAGCUCUCUGCUCGAUCAAAAGUUCAACCAACCAUAAGUGUUUACACCACUGAAGGUCUCCUUACACUUGAUGUCGUCACACAGGAUACCCCCUGGUGUGAAGUUCACAAGUGGUACGACCACCCAUCAGUCAAAGGUAGAUGCCUCGCUGACGUUCCCCCUGAGGAAUGGCCAAGUAUCGUACAAAAAGGGAAUGAGACUGUCCAGGAGGACACCCGAUCAGCUGUUGAAGACAUUGAGAUGCGUGCUGCACGGGAGGUUAAAAAAAGACAGGAGAAACGAUCCAAGUCUCACAUGGAUGAUGUCAGGAUGAUAAGAGGAGAAACAACCUCCCCAUAUCGCAGGGGAGGGGACAAGGGAGGGGGGAUUGGUGGUGGCAGGGGAGGAGGAAGGGGGGUUGGGGGGGAAGAGGGAGACGGUGGGGUGAGGGUAGGUGGGGAAGGUGGCGGUGGUCGAGGAAGGGAGGAGAGGAGUGGAGGUGUGAACUCCUCUGGAGUUGGGGCAGGGGGGCAGGGUGGACAAGGGGAUGGCCCUGGGAUAACGGCGGAUGGAACGACAUCGGCAGCUGGUGGCGAAAGACUGACUCAACAACAACAAAUUGAAGGACAUGCACUGGGCAUGCAAGUUGGAACCAGAUUGGAUGAGCAUGGAGAUCAAACGAUACCGCCCUUUCUGGUCAUUCCACUGAUUCUUGUUUGGAGCGAGGAACUGAGGCUGCUCACUGCCAUGAAAGAGGACAAUGUUCUCUACAUCCCCCACAUACCGGGAAAUGUAGAUCCGGAUAUUGCCGAAAUCAUAUCUGAAAUUCAGAAAUGGUUAGGCCACGGAUACCGGCUACGAAAGUGGCCGGAAGUGCAGUGGAUAAAAGUUCCUAAAAAACAUCUGUCUGGCGAAGAGACAUCACUCAUUUUCUUAUUUUUGGACGCUCGACAGACCGAAGCUGUGUACGAAGUGGCCAACAUGCCUCGAGCAAGAUGGAUUCCAUGGCGCCUUUUUGCAGACCCCCAUGGGGCGAUGACGACGACGACCCAGAUAGGGGGAAGGUGGACAGCGGAACUACUACACGAAGCCAACUCCUGUAUGCCGCCACAGUAUAAGCUCUUUGAGCCCGGUUUUGCUGGGCUCAUGAUGCAAAAGUGGGUGGAAUGAAUUCCUCUAAUCUAACUCUCUCUGCCGAGUGCUACUUUCCCUCUUGAUCUACAUUUUUUUUUUUUUUUUUUUUUUUUUUUUUUUUUUUAUUUUUUUUUUUUUUUUACACGUUCUGAGAUGGUACUCUCCCCUCCUUUGUCAUCUAGGAAAUAAGGGAUGGAUAAAGUCAAAAUCUUAUCAUGGAAUGUGCGUGGACUGGGCUCACGCCAAGUGGCGCACAAAAGAUCAGUAAUAAAAACCGUGGCCAGAAAUAACACUGGGACAAUUGUUUGCCUACAAGAAACAAAAUUAGACAGACGAG